AUAUGUGACGGUAAAAGCCGUGAAAUCAAAAGAUUUUCUUUUUCCUUUGCGAUACAUCACACACAACUUGCCUUAAAACGUAAAUCAAACUUAUAGUUGAGCUGAUAGCGGAGUGUGAGAUGGUAGUUAUUAAUAUAACUGCUGUGUUUUCAGCGCCAGGUCUCCUGAUCUCAUCUUAACUUAACUCACAAUAAACCUCAGAGAGAGUCUGGAGAGGCUGAAGAGACAUCUGUUAUUGAUCCUUCUCCAGCGGGUAAAAGACUAUGAGUAAAGAGUCCAGAAUGAGGGCAACAGUAAACCAGAAGCUGACAGAGAUGGGGGAACGAGAAAGACUGAAGGAGUUGCUGAGGGCUAAGCUCACUGAAUGUGGAUGGAAGGAUCAGAUGAAAGCUCACUGCAAAGAAGUAAUCAAAGAAAAAGGCUUGGAGCAUGUCACUGUGGAGGACCUGAUGGUAGAGAUCACUCCUAAAGGAAGAGCCUUGGUGCCGGACAGCGUCAAGAAAGAGCUUCUCCACAGAAUAAGAGCCUUCUUAGCUCAGCAUGCCACAUAAUUAUGAUUUAUUUUUUAACAUUUCCUUAGACCACUUGCCUAUACUAUCAUGAUAUAGAAUAUUUUAAUGAAUUGAUUUGCUUAUUUUUUUUGUUUUGUUAUUUAGAAUUUUCAGAGACAUGCUGACACACACUUAGCUAUUUGGUUGUUUUAUUUUACUAAUUCUGUGACUACAGUUAUCUCAUAUUUGUUAAUGUACUUACCUUGCACAUUUAGUUGUCCUUUGUGUGAGGGAUAUGCUGUAUGAAUAAAGUUUUUGAUUUAUUGAACUACAAUCAUUUAAAUAUAAUAAAGCAUAUAACAAUAAUAAAUCAAUAUAUAACAAUAAUAA